CACGCUCACUGCUCUCCAGCCCGCAUCGCGAUCCUUGUUCCCUUCCUCUUCCUCGCCUUCACCACCGCUUCUCCACUCAGCUGCUCUGGUUCUGUAUCCUUAGUUGGUUAUUGUAGAAGAUAUCUCAGAGUCUUCUUCUUUAUCGUCUUCACAGCCUUCACUUUCCUCUACUUCCUCUUCUCUUCCACCUCCGUGCCUCUGCCGAUCGUAAGUCUGUCUCGCACCUCGCCACCCACCUUCUCUUCUUCUCGGCUUUAGACCCACUUUCACGUGUGUCGUUUUCUUAUAUAUUCUCUUCUCUUCCUCUUUCUUUUCUCUUCUUCAUCCUCAUCUAACAAGCAAACCACAUUCAGAUCAAAAUGUCCGAACCCGUCGAGACCCCCGAGGCCACUGCCACUGCUACUCCCUCCCUCUCCCCCAAGUCCUCCGCCUUCGUCUCCCACCUGCUCUCCUACCCCGUCGUCGGCGCGACCGUCUCCUACACUGCCUCAUUGCCACUUGUGCAGCGUGCGUCUGCGACCGCAAAGCCGUACGUGUCAAAGUACGUCGAACCCGCAGUCGCCCGUGCGUCGCCCGUGCUCGCCCGCGUGGACAUGCUCGGCGACUCGACGCUGUCGACGGUGGACAAGUACGUGCCCGCGUUCAAGUCGACGCAGGCGCCUGAUAUUCCGGCGCAGGUGCAAAAGUCUGUGGAGUCGGUGAAGUCGACGACGCACCUCUACAGCGAGGCAGCCAAGAGCAAGGUCAACGACACCGUCGUCGAGCCCACGAAGCAGGCGGUCGACAAGGCCAAGCAGCGCACUGCUUCUUUCUAUGACGCCAAGGGACGUCCGUUUGUUCGCGCCAAGCUCGAUCCCGUGCUUGCGCCUAUCAACACUCGCCUGGUUGCGCUUGUGGAUGCGUACCUGCCUGCGGCGAAGGCAGACACCGACGGAGCGACUGCUGCUGCGGCGUCGACGACCGCUAGCUCUGGAGCACCGAGCACGGAGCUGUCGAGACUGUACUACAUUGGAGCUAAUGCGGUAUACAGAGUGAAGCCUAUUGUGGAGAGCCGGGUUGCGUCGACGAAGGCGCAUGCGGAGGAGAAUGCGGCGUACGUGCUGUCGAUUCCGCAGGCGGCAAAGUCGCGGGCGCUGGCGGUGUGGGAGGACAAGAAGAGUAAGACUGAUAUCAAGAGCAAGCCGUUGACGGGGAGAUUGUAUGUGUCGCUGUCGACAGGGAAGCAGCUUUUGUUUGAGGUUAUUGGACUGGCGGAGGGAUUUGCGCACGAGCAGUUUGACCAUGCAAAGAGCUUGGCGAAGGUGCCGCUGGGGAUCGUGCAUGAGCACAGCAACGGCAAGACGGUGACUGAGGUUGUGCAAGAAAACGUGCCAGAGUCGGUUGAGGGCGUUGUUGCCGAGAGUCACUAGAUGUUGUGUUUGUGUUUGUGUUUGUGU